CUUCCCCACAGCUCCUUUAUUUCCAAACACUGCUAAAGAUGGGAAGUAAUUAAGUACAUUAAUCUUCCCGUGGAAAGGUGCACUUGGCUCCGCUGGUGGUAGACUCCGUUAUCAACCUUAUCAGCCCUGUAGUUUGGCUGAUACAACAGCAGCCAUUUGAGCAGCAAACCCUGCUGCUUAGUGCUCCUUUGCUUCUUUCUUUCUCAGUAACCGGAUAAAGGCAGGACAAGAUGAAGACACAUCAGUUUUUCCUUCUGCCGUUAUUGUUUCUCACAGGCUUCCCCGCAGCAGACAGCAUAAGCCCAAAUGAAAAAAAGCCAAAGAAAGCCAAACUCCCCAAAAUAAAAAAGGAGAACAACGUACUCUUGCUGAAAAAGAGCAACUUUGACAGAGCAUUGAAGGAAACCAAGUACCUGCUGGUGGAGUUCUAUGUUUCUUUAUCUCAAUCAUCUCAGAAUCUGUCUGAAGAAUUUGCUGAAGCUGCACGACAGCUUAAAACAGAAGCGCCAAAAAUCCAAUUUGGCAAAAUUGAUGUCACACACCAACAUGAUUUGAGGAAAGAAUUUAAUAUUCGAGAGUUUCCUACUGUGAAAUUUUUUGUGGAUGGCAGCAGGGAAGAUCCCAUAGACUGCAAAGGAGUCAGACAGGCCUCAGCAUUUAUUACUUGGGUGAAGAGAAGAACGGGACCUAGCACUGUUUUAAUCAACUCUACCGAUCAGGCUGAAGCCAUCAUACAUGCUGACAAUUUGGCAGUGAUUGGCUUUUUUAAGGAACUUCACAAUGACAGUGUGGCAGUUUUCUGUGAGGCGGCAAGAGAUGUGCCAGAGAUGCCUUUCGGGAUGACAGCCAGUGAGGACGUCUGUGCUAACUACGGCAUCCAAAAGAACACUCUCGUUGUGUUUAAGAAGGGAAAACCUGUGCAUAACGAAGUGCUUGAAGAUGGCAGACAGAACAAACUGGAUCUAACGAGGCUAAUCAAAACCUUUACCUUGGAUUUGGUCACUGAAUAUAAUCUUGAGACAUCUGUGAAGAUUUUUGAUGUCCCUGUUGAAAAUCACAUCCUGCUGUUCACCCCAAAGAACUCGGAGACAUUCAAUGCGAUUUAUGAAAACUACAAGUCUGCUGCUGCGGAAUUUAGAGGAAAGAUAAUGUUUGUCUUGGUGGAUACUAAUGAAACAAGGAAUGGACGAGUUUUUGAGUAUUUUCGCAUCAGGGACAUUGACGUUCCUGCCGUGAGAAUCCUAAAUCUGACAAGCGAUGCAAAGUACAAAAUGCCUGCAGACGAGGUGACUGCGGAGAACCUGAAAGAAUUUUGCCAGAGCUACCUAAAUGGAAAAGCAAAGCUACAUCUGUCUAGUGAAGAAAUUCCAGAGGACUGGGACAAGAUGCCUGUCAAAGUGCUUGUUGGGAAGAAUUUCAACAGGAUUGUCUUCAACAAGACCAUGACUGUGUUUGUUAUGUUUUAUGCCCCUUGGUCCUUCGACUGCAGAAAACUCCUGCCGAUCUGGGAUAAGCUAGGAGAGCAAUAUGAAAGUCGCAAAGACAUAAUAAUUGCGAAGAUAGAUGUCACAGCAAACGACAUCCUGUCUGUUGGAUUAGAUCGCUAUCCGUUCUUCAGACUCUUUCCUGCGGGACCAGAUUACCAGGAGGUGGCCUAUGCCGGGGAGCAUACCUUGGAGGCAUUUUCUGAAUUCUUAGAAGAACAAAGCAAGACAAAAGCAGAACCAGAAGAGAAGGAGCCUUCGGGAGGAAUCAAAGAGGAUCUCAGCCAGAAAGAGACCGUAAUAACAGAGAAAGAAGAACUUUAACAGUACAGAGAAAG